AUGGCUGAUUCUCUCACCGAAGAGCAGGUCUCCGAGUUUAAGGAGGCCUUCUCUCUCUUUGACAAGGACGGCGAUGGCCAGAUCACCACCAAGGAGCUGGGCACCGUGAUGCGCUCUCUGGGCCAGAACCCUUCCGAGUCGGAGCUGCAGGACAUGAUCAACGAGGUCGAUGCCGACAACAACGGCUCCAUCGACUUCCCUGAAUUUCUCACCAUGAUGGCACGGAAAAUGAAGGACACCGAUUCCGAGGAGGAGAUCCGGGAGGCAUUCAAGGUCUUUGACCGUGACAACAACGGCUUCAUCUCCGCUGCCGAGCUGCGCCAUGUCAUGACUUCCAUCGGCGAGAAGCUGACCGACGACGAGGUCGAUGAGAUGAUUCGCGAGGCCGACCAGGACGGCGACGGCCGAAUCGACUACAACGAGUUUGUCCAGCUCAUGAUGCAGAAAUAA